UUUUUUUUUUUUUUUUUAUAUUCUUGCAUACAAACAUCUACAUCACUAUAAUUUUAUUCACGAUGCCGGUGGCAUUAAACAAAGUCCACAAACAUAUCUCUAAAAAGCGAGGCUCUAUUGGAGCACUCCAUGAGAACAGCAGAGAUGCGAAGAGAUUGCGCCGGGCCAAUGCGCGAGACGAUCGAGUGUCGCGAGUACAUGCGACUAUGGCGCGGGGCAGACAGUCAUACAUGGACCGCAUUAAAUAUUUCCAUGAAAUCGUCCCCGCCGAAGCCGGUGCCUUUUCAGAUAACGAUAUGAAGGACCUAGCCGUCAGAUAUAUCAAUCGCAGUGUUCCUGAAAUCGAGCAACUACAAAGCGAACGACGGAAAGGCCGACCCCCCACCCGGCGCGAAGAGGCGCUCUUGCAGCGGACCGAUGUCGAGAACAAAGAAUUCCAAACGGGGUUCUGGCUGCCCGAUUUAAGCCAUGUGGAUGGGGUCAAGGCUCUUGCCUCGUGGAAUGGAGAUUGGUCCGCCCUCAGCGCCAUGAAAUUCAUUCGGCUCACCAAGGACGGAAAUAAGCAACCAUCGGCGUUUCCACCGGGGGGGAUGUCAUAAACCGACUGUCUUCUUUGACCGCGGUCGUCUGUUCCCAAAUCUGCUCUACCACAGCAUGUGUCGCAUUCUUCCUAUCAGAUUCAUGAAGUAAUGGCGUUUAUGAUGGCUACCUUACAUACUAGGCGUAUAAAUAUUGGUAUUGUG